GAAAUUAGACGAAACGAUAGUGUUUUUUUUUUUUACCGAUAUGGCUCCAAACAACGGCUUCUUGCAUACCAUAGACGAUAUGCAUGUCACCCUGACGUACUCUUCCUGCGCAACUUAAUUGUCUUUCAGCGCGUGCUGAGACCAUUUGCACUAUUGCCUAAUUGGUCAGUGAGUUCAGAGAGAAUGGUAUAGAUAGGGAAAUGUUGUUGAGUAUGCCGACAUGUUCCAUCCUUUCAGAAGAUUAACUCGUUUUGCGUUGCAUUGGUCAGUCAUUUAUUUGAAUUAAGACAAUCCAUGCUGUGACCUUAUUGCACCGCAGCUGGUGACAAGAUUGCACUGCCAGAGGCACUGUGCUACAGUACCAAAAUCUUACAGAACAGUAUUCUUGUCGGUAAACUGUUCAUUUCUAGUAGUUGACAUCACUGUCAAAAGCUCGUGCCAUUGACUACUCAGGUGACUGUUGCAGGAGAACGGACAUUCAAGGAAAUCCCCGUCUAGGAUUUUUUCCCGUUAUGAUCCGACUUAAUUGGAUACGCGCAGAAGACAGGACGCCAAUAAACGUCUGUAAGAGAACACGUUUUAACUUGAUUCUAACAGUAACUCGAGAGACCGCCUAACAGCAACUCUAGAGACCUUAAGUCGCCAGCUGUCAAUGUCUUUGCGCGUUGGCGACGCGGCUGCAGCAACCGCAAGGAGCCCAAAAGCCAGCCCACAGACCAUAAAGAGUGGAAGCUUAUUACGAAACGUUCUGCAUAGCGCAGCAGUCUCUCUUCACCUGACGAGGCAGCCUCUUGGUUUGAGGAUAGUUUGAGACACAUUGUCUUAAGUUUCUAAAAAGCCGGCAGUCAUGAAUCACUUUUACACUGAGUGGAAGCAUGCCCAUCCUUAAGAACCUCCCGGCACGGCUGAAGGGAGGCAGCAGAGUGAACGGGGAAUUGGAAAACACACGCGGCGAACUGAUCCUUCGCAAGAUGAGCCUAAACUUGAAGUCCAGUGCCUUUGAGGAGCCCGGUGACAACGAUGAGUGGGCUCAAGCGAAUUUGCUCCUGGACGGACGCUCGCCACGGGACCGCAACCCCUUUGAGGACGAGGAGGAUGAGAACGAGGCGAAUGAGGAGAGACGCGGCGGCUCCAGCAAGGGUUCAUUCAAGGGCACCCUGGAACGCAUACGUGGGGUCUCACCGCUGAAGACCCUGGGCAAGCUGGGCAAGGGGCUCCGCAUGUCUGGUCGCAGUAAGGGCACUGCCACCCCCUCCCCUCAGGGUUCCACAGCGAGCACCCCCACCUCAGAGAAGAAGAGGAAAGGUCGCCGGAGCUCAGAGGGGAGCCUACUAAGGUUUGCAGGGAAGUGCAGGGAGAGCCUUCGCAAGGAGAGCCUGCCCAAUGGGGAUCUGUGCUCGGAGAGCGAGGGGGGUGACUCAUCCAGCCGUCGGCUCUCCUUCAUGAAGAUGGUGGGCCUGGGCAAGCUGAAGAAGGAGUCUACGGCCGACCACUCAUCUCAUGAGGAGGAGGUGGUCGAGGAGGUGGUGGAGGAGGUGAAGCCCAGGGAACCCCUCUCAGUCCUGGAGAUUCUGCAGCUGGUUAACAAGAGAGACCUGUUCCUCGCCGACACCCACAUCCUAGAGCUGGAGCAGGAGUGCAGUGAGGCGGCCUCCUCGCCGACGGGCGGCAUGGCCCCGGACGAUCUCGCCAGCCCCGGGAGCAAAGACGGCGGGCGGCGUAAAGCCAAAGACGUGGAGCUGCUCUACGAGGCCCUGCAGAAGGAGCUGUGGGCGGUGGUGCGCGAGUCGCUGCGCUCGCCGACGGCGGGGCCCAACCUCGGCCUGGUGGUGCAGGUGCUCCAGCAGGAGGAGCAGGCUGACCGGGAUUGGGCGAGGGGCGAGGGGGCGCCCCCUGGGGGACCCAGACCCAGGCAGCUGAAGCAGCGGUGGAAGGAGGCGGUGUCCGAGGCGGCCGACGGGAGCCUGCCGCAGAGGAACGAGGCCCAGGGCGGAGAGCUGUCCGACUACCUGGACAGGGUGCGGACACGGGUGGUGGAGGACCUGGGCGCGGCCCGGAGAAACGUGGUGCCGGUCUACCCAGAGGACUACGAGCCCUUCCAGGUGUAUCUGCAGAGCUAUCACCAGGCGGUGGCGCGCCGGAUGCAGGGCAUCGCAGACGGACCGCUGCAGAUCACCGAUAUCUACUCCCUGUUGGACUGGCUCUACAACAUCUACAACCGGGACGUCCUCGGGACAGUCAGCAUGACGACGCCCUUCAACCGCUCCCUGCUCAGGCCUCUCUUGCCCUCGGAGACAGUGGACAAACUGGAACUGGACUGCCUCAACUCCGUCAGGGGGAAAGUGACCACAGAGCUGUCUCAGGUGCUGGACGAGGAGGAGAAGCGUUGGAUGGAGUCUCUGCACAUUGAGGAGUAUCAGAUCACACUGGCACGCACUGUCAUUCAAAGGCUACAGGUGGAUCUUGAGCGCUCGGCUGCCAUCAACAGAAGCCUGGGUUCCCGUGUGGCUCAGUGCAGUCUGAAUGGUCUGGCAGACUUCCUUUACAGCUUUCAGAGGAAAGUCGAGCUGUUCCAUGAGGGCCUGAUCAACAUGAUUGGGGACAACGAGGAUGGAUACGUCUCCAAGACCAUCGCUCUGGUCAACUGCUGUCCUCCAUUCAGGGGUUUUGUCCAGCGCUGUGUGCAGUGUGAUCCAACCAUCAGCGAGGACUCAGCGAAACGAGCCAACGCCUCCCUGGACAGAAUAGUCAGCCAAGGAGUGAAGGUGUUGAGUGACAGGCUGUAUGAGCACAUCAGGCCCUACUUCGACAAGCUGGUGAAGAGGAAGUGGCUUAACAACACAGAGACGUAUGAGCAGAUCGAGUCCCAUAUCAAGGAACAUUUCAAGAAGUUCUGUCGGAUGGACAGCCCACCCUAUCAGGUCCUGGUGGGAGAGGUGCACCGACGGGUCCUCAUGGAGUACCUGCGCUCCAUCAUGAGGGGGCGUAUUAUCUGCACGUCGCUCAAGAUGAGGAAGAGGAUGGCAGGGCGACUGCGUGACGAAGGAAAACUGAUCAAAGUGCUCUUCAAAGACCUGGAAUCGUCCUCCUCCUGGCUGGACAGUGCUAUCCCACACUUGUCAGAGAUCAUCCUCUUGGAAGACAUUCCUUCCAUUCAAAUGGAGGUGGGCAUGCUGGUGAGAGAGUUCCCAGACAUUCGGAAGAAGCAUGUGUCUGCCCUCCUGAACAUCCGCGGGAUGACACGGCAGACGGAGCGCCAGGAAAUCCUGAACAUCGUGAAGGACAUCGAGAACAGCGACACCCUGACGCGGCUGUCCCGCGACCGCGCCCUCUUCUCCGAGGUGCCUGUCACGUCCGAGGUGCACUGCGUGAACGUGGGCCUGAGCCGCAUCGCCCUCACCGCCUCCUCCUGCUUCUCCGGCCUGAGGCCGCGCCGCACCAAGAGAGCCCCCGUCCGAGAAGCGCACGACGACAUGCUCUAAUGGCCGUAUCCACUCUGAUGAUGUUCUGAUGACUGAUGACUCCACGGUCACAAUGGAGCUCGUUAUCAAGUCCUGCAAGCAAAUGUCAGGCGUUAGCAGCACAACAAAUUAAGGAAGCGGAAAAAACGGAAAGUGACCUUUCCCCUUUCACAGACACCUUGAUCAAAAGUGAUGACUGUUUUCAUUGUAAGCAACAAUCUACUCCGUGCUUAUCUAGAUAAAGACCGGGAAUGAGGUUUCAUAAUGCAACCGCUGUGAGAAAAUACAAAAAUACAAAAUGGAAAAGGACGAAAUGUGCACUUGUUUUUAUUGACUUCUUUUGGCAGUGGAACGAGACACAGGCUACCUAUUUGGUUCGAUGCUUCACACUGCACAUCCAAGUGCCUUCAAAGGUUACGUACGGAAUUGCAGUAUGGCUUAAAUCACUACCUUUGAUCAAGAGGACUGUUCGCAAUAUCCGAUCAUGAAACAUGCUGGCAUACGUACGGUGUGGUUGGAGUCUGUUCUGUAGUUGCACACGAUGAAUGCUCAAUCUAAGGUACUACACGUUUAAUGAUCUAUUAUCCCUGCGCUGAUUUUCAUUGUAUUUAAGAGUUAUUAAUACAUUGUUUUACAGUGAAUAUACAGUAUAUGGGCUAAUAAUGCAUGUUGAGCAACUCAAGAUGAUUAAAACCUGUGGGAGUGGAUUAAAUCAUUACUGCCUAUUUAUGUACCUACCAAUAAAAUUAUUUAUUAUAGUUGGCAGUUUGAUUGUGUUGUAAUCAAUGUCAAACUUUAAAAUCCCACUCAAAUGAAUGUAUAGUCAUUUCAAGCUUGUUCUUCAGGUUUUGUCAAAUGCUGAGACCCUGACUAAAAUCAGUAAACCACUGUCAAAAUUCCGAUUGUUUUUCACAGCAAUGUACUUUUACAGCUGUGAAUUAAAGACAAUCUUUAUGAUUGUUGGGAUAAUGUAAAUAUUUUUCCCUCAGAGAAUUAGAUUUACACUGCACUUUUUAUUGAAUGAAAGAUUCACAAAUCCCACAGAGAUAUUUAGGACUGAGACUACCCCACCGAAUAGUUGGUCACACACUGAUUUCAAUCAUUUAAUCUGUUCAUCUCUGAUGUUCAAUGUCGGUACAGCUGGAUAUAAUAAUCUACUGUAUCUGCCAUGAAAUUGUACAUAAAUCAUGUAACUGAAUGAUAAUAAUUGAAAACUGACAUCAAAUAUUUGGGCUUAAUUUGACAAAAAUGAACAAGACUUUCAUGGGACAUCCCUCCCCAGAGUCAUUUGUAUCUGUGUUUUAAAAAGCCUGUUAUCUUUUGGCGAUUUCACUCAUGAGAGGGUGAAUCGCUAUUGACUUACAUGAUUAAAUAAAGGUUUAAAUGAAAUAAAGAAAAUAAAAAACCCUCA